AUGGAUGUGUUCAUGAAAGGACUUUCCAAGGCAAAGGAGGGAGUUGUAGCAGCAGCAGAAAAGACCAAGCAGGGUGUGGCAGAGGCAGCAGGGAAGACGAAAGAGGGCGUCCUUUAUGUGGGUUCCAGGACCAAGGAAGGAGUUGUUCAUGGUGUCACAACAGUGGCUGAGAAGACCAAAGAGCAAGUAUCUAAUGUUGGGGGAGCUGUGGUGACAGGAGUGACAGCGGUGGCCCAGAAGACGGUAGAAGGAGCAGGGAACAUUGCUGCAGCCACUGGCUUGGUAAAGAAGGAUCAGUUGGCCAAACAG